UUGAAAAGGCAAACUUCACUCCGACGCGUCAUUUGCGUCGUUGUUAGUUUUAUAAUAUUUUGUGAUUGAAAUUAAUUGUGAUAAGUGUGAUUUUAUACACAAUCCAGUGAUAGUAUUAAUGUUACGAUUUGUUAUGUUAUUGUUAAAAAACGAAAUAUAUUACGAGCUUACCCUGCCUGCAGUGAGUGCCAAGAGCCCCAGAGUCCCAGCCAUUAGAUUGAGUGGAGUGUCCCCUGCCCACACGUAGUCCUGUACGAAGCCAAAAUUCCACGAGACUCUUCGGAUACCUCCUCCAGCAUGGAUCUGGAGAAAGCCCCUACUCUUCACGAGGAGGACUCCAAAGUCACCCUCACUAUCAGACUGAUUAUGCAGGGGAAGGAGGUUGGCAGUAUUAUUGGCAAAAAAGGAGAAAUUGUUAAAAGAUUCAGAGAAGAGUCUGGAGCUAAAAUCAACAUAUCAGAUGGAUCAUGUCCAGAGCGCAUUGUCACAGUUACGGGCACAACUAGUGCUAUAUUUAAAGCAUUUACACUUAUCUGCAAGAAAUUUGAAGAGUGGUGCUCACAAUUCAAUGAAGGAGGUGGCGGUGGCUCACGUGCACCCAUCACGUUACGUCUCAUCGUACCUGCUUCACAGUGCGGAUCUCUUAUUGGAAAAGGUGGUUCCAAGAUUAAGGAGAUCCGAGAUGUCACCGGCGCUAAUAUACAGGUUGCUAGUGAAAUGUUGCCAAACUCAACAGAAAGGGCAGUUACGAUUAGUGGGACGUGUGAUGCGAUAACGCAAUGCAUCUAUCAUAUAUGCUGUGUUAUGUUAGAGAGUCCACCGAAGGGAGCAACUAUCCCAUACAGGCCGAAGCCUAACGUGGCGGGGCCCGUUAUAUUGGCCGGAGGACAAGCUUACACCAUACAAGGAAACUAUGCUGUGCCUGCGCAAGAUGCGGUGUGUGCGCCGGUGUUCCCCCUGCUGGAGAUGAAGCCACCUCUCGCGGGCGCGCUGCCGCCUCAUCACCUGCUGCCGCCGCCGCUGCACGACCACCUUAUGGGCGGUUUGGGAAAAUCUCCACUUGCGGGAUUAGCAGCGCUCGGUCUCGGUGGGUUGGCUCCAGGAAACGCCGGUGGUUUAAACCCAGCAGCAUUAGCAGCUCUAGCGGGAUCGCAGCUACGCACGUCCAACCAGGGUCGUAAUCAGCCCGCGACUAACCAGCAAUCUCAUGAAAUGACCGUGCCAAAUGAGCUAAUCGGCUGCAUUAUUGGAAAGGGUGGCACCAAAAUCGCUGAAAUUCGUCAAAUAUCCGGAGCAAUGAUCAGGAUAUCCAACUGUGAAGAGCGCGAGGGUGGCAGCACUGAUCGUACAAUUACCAUAACUGGCAACCCUGACUCAGUGGCGCUAGCCCAGUAUCUCAUCAAUAUGAGGAUCACGAUGGAGACUGCAGGGCUGCCCCUGCCCGGCUACCACUACAUCGCCCCGAACCACAUCGUGAAGGCUCCGAUCCAUUGAAUGGGGCUCCGCAGCCAGUGCCCCAGCGCGUACUACCUCCAGCACCACGGGACCCUGGCUCCGAUAUACUUCUUCAAAUGACGCGACCAAUCUCUGAGGGGAAGCAAUUGGCAAAUAGCUGAAUGUAUGUUUACAUUUGUUACGAGUUUAUAAGUAUUUUAGAUAUUCUUAUAUUUAUUCUCCACUAUUUAAUUAAUUGGAGGGCGACGUGUCGGUCAUAGAAUCGAUUAUCGAGAGAAAUUUGAUGAUUAGAUUUUGACAUAUUUAAAUUUUGAAUGACUGACGACCAGCCGUGAACGGCGAAUGACAUCACUCGUUCACCGGUCACGGUGCGACAUCGGGAUAUGGCUGAGUUGAUCGAAUUUAUUAUGGACUUAAGCGAUCAAGUUCAAUUAACGGCUGUAUUUAUUUGGUUACGGUCGGUACAGGCAGAUCGCAAUAUAAUGUUCAAAAUGGUAAUUUAUACUAAAGCGAGUGUCGGCGUAGGAAUAGUUGCGUUGAAUCGACCUCGGACCCGCUGAUGUAGCGUAGUCUUAGAAUAGCGAACAGAGUGAGAGGGUUAAAGACAAUAUUUGUAUAUAAAAUAAUUGUAAACCUACAAAUUUAGGUGUUACACUCAACAUUCUCACGAUGUGGCCACUACGUGGUCUAUUUAGCGAAAGAUAGUUUGACGCAAAUUUGGGCGCGGUAAUGGCCACACCGUAAGAUGUCAAACGGCUGCGUUGACACAGAGCGGCGCAGUUUUUGCAACCGGUGGGAUCAAAUCCUUUAAGAAACUUACAAUAAAAAAGAGGAGACAGAGAAGACAUACAUUAUAUCAUUUUAAUCGUAUAUGAUCACAAAAGACAUUAGAUUAUGUAAAAAUUAUGUUGCUAAAUGUGAUAGUCUUCUAACGUACUUACUACUUACAUGAUAUUAUAAAGAUCUCUUUGACGUGGAUCGGCUGAGUAAUAUGAGAGUCGAGCGUACUUAAUAUUGGUUUAGGGAUCAAAGCCAAAGAUUGUUGAAGUUUUUUUAAACAUUAUGAAUGUUGUGCAUAAAUACUAAAUUAUUCUUGAGAGUAGAUGUCGACUAGUUUAUAUUUAUAGAAUUAUUUUCAUUCGAUUACCCUCUCCAGACUGCUCAUAUUAUUAGAUCGACAGUGUAGAUAGUUCAGCGGUAAGCGAUAUAUUUCUCAAAUAAAUAAAAGCGAAAAGCAUAAAAAAAAUAUUAGGAUAGUAUUAAUGUAAGUACCACGUUUGAUUUACGUCGUAAUAGCUCUCCUUCAAUGUAACCUAGUGCCACAUACAAAUAAAUGUGCCAAACAAUGGGUAGCUGAAGACUACACGGUAUCUGCAAAUCGUAUACAUAGAAUAUUCGUAUGAAAUCGCAGUGUCGAUGGUUACAUAUAAUAAAUAAUUAUUAAAGGUUAUUUUUAACCACAUUACAUUAUUUUGCACUUUAGCUGUAAGAAUUGUACAAUUUAGGCUAACAUUUUUAAUACAUAUCCCUCGGACAUUUUAAUAUUUCUCCCUAAAGUCUUCCCCUUCAGUAUUUCUGUACUAGGUAAGUCAUUUUGUACUCAAAUUGUGCCAAAUAAUAUUUCUCUGAAAUUGAAGAUUGAAUGUGACGUCGGUGUUUGUGAAUCUGUGUCGUUUCGUGCUAGUCAAAUUGGUCUGAUGAAUUUAGAAAGAAAAUUUAUUUUAUUUUAAAACAAAUCUAGUCAAAAUUUCGAUUUUAUUUAAAUUCUUGAAAACGUCUAAAGAUUAUAUUUGUUUAUCGUCAAAGUUUUUAUCUAUACAAGUUCUCGCUUCAUGUUUUUACAUUAGCAAUAAAAUGAUGAAAUCAAUUAUUUAUAUUAUAUACAGAAUUGCUAGUAAGGCGAUGUAUGGAGCUUCGUACAUUAAGGUACCACAGGUAUAAAUAGAAUUUAAUCCCUAGAAUAAAUUUUUAACAGGAAGAGCUAAGUAAAUAGAGAGAGGAAAAUUUAUAGCUGUGAUGAAGUGUUUGGUGUGCACUUUUGUGCACGAGGUUAAUGUUUUAUAGGUUUGGUCAGGUAAGAGUAGCCAGCAGUAGUUUCGGAUGCUUAUAUUAGCUUGUAAUCUUGCUAUUGAAAACUACUGUCUCUUAAAAACGCUGGAAAACACAUUGAAAAUGUGGGAAAUAUGAUCGAUUGUGGUAAUCCUGUUUUAGCUAAAUUUUCGUUUAGAUUAAAUAUUUUUUGCGUCAGCCAUGUUUGUGAAUAUUGAAUGUACUUUAUCAAUUCUUAUUUGACCUAUUUGGUCAUAGUAUCUAGCAAUAAUUCGACAUAUUUCAAGAGCAUAAUAUUUUAAGUGUAACACUUCGGGACACGUGUUACUUAAUUCGGUGUUGUUAAAUGGUGUAUUUAGUACAAUGGAAUUAAAUAUUGAUAGUGAUAGUUAAUUUGAUGUGUAUUACGUUAAUAUAGUUUGCAAUAAUAUAGCAAUGACUUAUAAUCUUAGUAGAAUAGUUGUUAUUCGUUAUUGUUAAAGUUAUUCUUGAUUUGCUCAAUUAUUUAAAUGUUUAUCUAGGCAACUUCGGCCAAAAGUAUUUGUUUAGUGGUUGCGAUCACACAUGAAUUUAAGCGUGUGGUCUUCGUUUUAUUUGGUAAUAUUUGACAGAAGCCAUAAAGGAUAGUUGUAUACGCUAUAGAGACAUAGUUGUAUGAAGGAGUUUAUUAUUGCUCACAUAGAUUUAGUUUACUAACAACUUGUAAGACUUGACAGCUACUAAUGCAGAUUAUUUUCGUAACAAUUGAUUUUCGAUCGAUAUGAGAGCUACUUUAAUACUUUGCAAACUUUGAUUAUACGCUGAUUUCGUGUUUUUGAUGUUUGAUUUAGCCUUAUAGACAGGGUCAAACGCCAUAGUAUAAUAGUGCAAUUAAAUUUUAGUAAAUUUGUUAUUUUAAAAUCCUGUUAACACAUUCAAUUUAUAAUGCACCGUUUCUCUCUCGAGUUUGUGUUGCUGGGUAAUGAAAAGUUAGGAUAAUUUUGCAUUGCAGAUUAUAUAUAAAAAUAAUACUAUAUAUUAAUAUUUUACAAUGUGUUUGGGUAUAAGAGGGUUGUGUAAUUUGUUAUGUAUUAUACAAUAUUCAAAAUAUUCGCUUUAUAUCACACGGUAACACUUGACAAUUCAUCAAGACGUAGUUUCAGGGUAAUAACAAUUCUAAAAUCCCUCAAGAUUAACAAUUUUAAUUUCAAGGCGUAAGAGUCGUAGCACAGACUUGUACACUCAAAAGUUUGUGUUUAGUGGGCUGUGUCGUAUUUUCUUUUAAAAAUAGUAUUAAAAAUGACUGAGUAUGUUUAAGACAAAUUAACUCAAUCUAUGCUCCGGCUAUUUAGAUAAGCAUUUAUCACAAUCCAAUUUGAGAACAGUAUUUGAAUGCGUUUAUUUUUUAAAGCCCACAACAUACAACUGAUAUUUGAAAAGAUUCAUCUACUAUGCAACUAUCUUAUCGUGCAUUUGUAACGGCUAACAGUUAGUAAAGAGUUACGAAUUGUUAUUCGUUGGUUAAAUGCAGCAUUAAUAAUACACUCACUUAACGUAGAUUCUUCUUUUCUAGUGCAAUCGAUGUUCACUUGUCAUAUCUUUAUUAAAUAUCAAUGUAAUUGUCGACAUAUCUAAUCGUUUUGUGAAUUGAUUAAUGUUUAUAAUAAUUAUAAAUGUUGUACGUACGGUUACAGUAUACUGUCAUUCACAUAUUGUUUGUUUUCAUUAUGUUAUUUCAAUAAAGUGUGUACAUAAAUAAAA